CAUCAAAAGACGGCAUCCAGGUUGCAGUAGGAAACAAGCUGACAGAGAAACAACGGGAAUGCUGAAAAUGACAUCAAGACAAACUUUUUCCUGUGUGUUUUGUAGCACGUAGCAGCUGUCUGACAUUGCACUUAAAGGUGAUAUGUGAGAAGAAGCGUCCAUCAUGCAGCUGAAUGAGACUGAAGUUCAAACACUGGCUCCAGAGCCAUGUGAACAAAUGCUAAAGGAGGACAACACUGGAAACGGCAACGGGGGUUCCACCAGCAACCUGUCACUACACUGCUGGCUGCAGCUCCUCACAAGGGAAUCUAUCAUGGAAUUUCAAGGAGACAGUUCCAGUGUAGUGGUGCGUGUGAUGAUAGCGUGUGUGUACUCUAUAGUCUGUGCACUGGGGUUGGUAGGAAACUCACUGGCUCUCUACCUGCUUCACUCACGUCACAGGCAGAAGCAAUCAUCCAUUAACUGCUUUGUGAUGGGACUGGCUAUCACAGAUCUGCAGUUUGUUCUGACUUUACCUUUCUGGGCGGUUGACACAGCCCUGGACUUCCGCUGGCCGUUUGGUCGUGUGAUGUGCAAAAUCAUCAGCUCUGUCACCACCAUGAACAUGUAUGCCAGUGUAUUCUUCCUCACAGCUAUGAGCGUGGCACGUUACUACUCUAUUGCAUCUGCCCUGAAGAUGCACAGCCGGAGAGCAGCAGCCACCAGGGCCAAGUGGACAAGUCUUGGCAUCUGGGCUAUCUCCCUGCUGGCAACUUUACCUCAUGCCAUCUACUCCACCAGCGCUGAGGUGUCAGAUGAGGAGCUUUGCCUGGUGCGCUUUCCAGACUCGGGCAGCUGGGAUCCACAGCUUCUUUUGGGUUUAUACCAGCUACAAAAGGUCCUGCUUGGUUUCCUAAUUCCUUUGAUUAUAAUUACAGUCUGCUAUCUUCUUCUUCUGCGUGUCGUCCUCAGCAGGCGCAUCGCAGGUGCAGCAGUCCCAGAAGUAAAGCAAGGCCGGCAAAGCCGCCGCUCCAAAGUGACCAAAUCUAUUGUCAUUGUGGUUUUGUCCUUUUUUCUGUGUUGGCUUCCCAAUCAGGCAUUGACACUCUGGGGGGUGCUCAUAAAGUUUGAUCUUGUUCCCUUCAGCAAGGCUUUCUACAAUGUACAGGCCUAUGCCUUCCCACUAACUGUGUGCCUGGCACACACCAACAGCUGCCUCAACCCUGUACUCUACUGCCUGAUUCGCCGGGAGUUUCGGGCAGGUCUCAAGGAACUUCUUAUCCACGCCACCCCAUCCUUCAGGAGCUUGACUCACCUGUUGCGUCGGAAAACCAAAGUGGCUGAAGCACCGCCUGUUUUGGUGCUGGUCCAAAUGGAUGUCUGACUGGGAUGAUGAUGGAACAGAAGGAGAAAAUAAUUAAGUAUACUGAUUGCAUUGAUCUGGGUAGAUUCCUAUCUGCCUUGCCAAAACAGAAAAUCAAAUUUUUUUCUGAUUGUUAAAACAACAUAAAUGGAGAGGGCAACAAUGUGGGAUUUGUCCAAGUUUCACUGUAUUAUUGAAGAUUCACUCUGCAGCAAAUCCUUUUGUUUACACAGUGGCUCUCUGUUUUAUUAUUCUUUGCGACAUCACUGCUCUCCAGUAACGUGUACUGUAAAUAGAAGAAGCACUCAGAGAAAAUAUAAGAAAAAAAAUGACAUUUUCUUGUGUCAUGGCAAAUUGCUGUGUUUGCUUUUUAUUGCUGUUGUGUACAAAUGUAAAAGAUUAAAUCUAUACAAAUGAUAAAACAGCUAAGUAAAUGUGUAGAAGUAUUAGAUAAAAAAAAGAAUGGCAAAGAUAUCCAUGUACUUCAUGUUUUUGGACUCAAAUGAUAGGAUAAAAAUUGUUUAGUGUAUUUAUUGAUGUAUUGUUGUCUUGGGGAAACAACAUCUUCUGGAAAAUGUAUGUAAAAAAGAAAGAAUGAGCACUUUAAUCCAUUUACUUUGCUGUUUGAAGGCAAGACCAAAUGAAAGGCCGGAGAUGAGAUAAUAUAACAUACAUAAAAUCUAUCCUUGAGGAAACCUUAGAUGACUGAAAGAGAUUUAAGUUUCUGUACAGCAAAUCUGUGCUCACUGUUCUCACUGAAGGUGCACAGAAAUUCUCAAAUCUGCAGUAUUUCGCACAGCUGCAGAUGGUUAGAUUGGACAUGAAUAAUUUAGAUUUGUAGAGCUUCUUCAAAACAGGCCAUUCAUUCAUAAAAAUGUGGUAUUUCAUGAGAAGCUCACCAACUGUCAAAUUACAUGUGUAUUGCAAAAGCACAGAAGAUGGUAUAAAAAUGUGCUUUUCAGUCAUUUCUCUGUAUUUAUGUUAUGUUUCCAUAAUCAUAAACUUUAAUCCAAGACUGCUUUCUAUUUUCAUUAAAAAAAUUGACUGACAAGAUACAAAUCAAAUGACUUUUAAAUUACAAGCUCUCAACCUGAUUUGGAAUAAUUGGGACAGAUGAAGUCAGAAUUCAGAGCACACACAUGGUGAGAUAAAUAAAGCACCAGCGAUGCAAGUGUUGUUGCAAGACAGUCCUGGCCGGAAGGCAUUGGACAAAAACCUUCUAGCUGCCGCUCUGAUCUUUUAUUAAUGAGAUUUAAUGCUCUCAUUCUGUAUUUGCGCAGCACCUUUUCAGUCAAUAACAGCAUCAGUGUUGUGCAAAUAAUCUAUGAAUGAAGAUGCUCACAUUCUUGCCGUUAACAGCAGCUGCAGGCUGAGUGAGGAGGAAGCUUUUCUUAUUCCAACUGGAUGAGUCGAAAUGAAAGGAUGAUUUGAUAUUCCUUCUGCUGCAAACCUUUUGUGACAGGGUGCUCAAAAUAUUUAAACAUAAAAACUAAAUGAAUAUUAUGCAGUGAUAUUUACAUGGUUUAAAAUGCUCUUUCAGAGAACUGUGCAAAUUUAAGGUUAUUUUGUACUCCUGUUAUACUUACCCAAUGUGUGUUGUCACUGUUGCACAGCCAAUGCACUUCUGGGAAACAACAACUUGAUAUGCUUUAUGAAAUAUUGUA